CCGAAGUUUGUCGAGUCACGAACGUGUACGUUGAGCGUGGAAGGCGCUCGGGUAUUUUCUUUCUGGGAAUUAUCAGUGCUUCAGAUUUAUACCAGUUGAAAGAACCUUUUCUUAGGGCUUUCUGAAAGCCCUGAAACUUCUGGCAGAAUGACUCCGAGAAAGCGGAUGUGGAUGAAAACAAAGGCGAUGGUGAUAACGCCGAUUGGUGGUGAUAAUUUUAGAAUUAUCCUACCCAAUUAUACGAUGUUUAUCAUCUUCCUCUCAGUUGUGUUACUAAUCGCAACAGCGAUUCAGUUGCGAUUAUUUCCUUCACUGCCAACGCUUGAAAAAAUACAAGUACAAGAUCUCACAGUAACGGACCAUGCCAAGCUUGAAGAGACUUACCAAGGAGAUACGCCAGGAAAUCAACAAUCAAGGACAGAAGCAGCCACCAAUUGUUCCUCGGAACACUACGUUCUUUUUCUCAAAACACACAAAUCAGGUUCAAGCACAAUUUCGAACAUUUUCUUUCGUUAUGGCGAUUCUCGAGAUCUUUCCUUUGUUCUUGGCUCGGACACUCUGAUUGGAUGGCCGACGCGAUUCCGCAUUGGACAAGCUCUCGCUUUCGAUGGAACGCGACCAAAUUUUCUUUGCAGUCACACAAGAUUCAAUAAGAAAGCCAUCAACUAUUUGUUUCCAAAAGACGCCAGCAAAUAUGUGACAAUCGUCAGAAACCCGGUCGAACAGUUUGAGUCGAUUUUUAACUACAUGCAAAUCGGAACUGUGUUCGGUUUUGGGACAGAUCCAUCUGAAUCAUUGAAAGCCUUUCUAAAGAAUGGAAUAGGAUUUAAUAUGCUCAGAAAAAGCGGAAGUUCUGUUUUAGCCAGAAAUCCGCAAAUGUUUGAUCUGGGUUUGGAUUUCAAGUUUUAUCAGGAUGCCAAAGCCAUUAAAGAGUACGUUGAAUUCUUGGAAGAAGAGUUUGAUUUGGUUUUAAUCGCAGACUAUUUUGACGAAUCUGUGGUUCUUAUGAAGAGAUUACUAUGCUGGGAAUUGGACGAUGUACUUUUUGUAAAAACAAACGAACGGCUUGGCAAGGACAAAGCUACUGAAAUAUCAGAUGGUACGAAAGAGAACAUCAAACGGUGGAACAAAGCCGACGUGUUGCUGUACGAACACUUUAACCAAACUCUUUGGCAAAGAAUCGAAAGGGAAGGAAAAGACUUUUACUACGAUCUUACGAACUUUCGUCGAAUGAAACAGGAACUUAAAAGUAAAUGUUUUGAAGACAAGCCAAGUAAGCAGUUAAUGUAUGGCAACAAGUAUGCGAAAGGUUUCACUUUAAGGUCGGAUUUGUCUUCUGAUCUAAAACAAAAAUGUGAAAGAAUGACAAGAACUGAAAAUGACUAUCUGGCAUAUUUAAGGAACAAGCGAGUAGCAAAAUUAGUCGGUAUUCAUAGCGCAACACCAAAUGAGGAUGAUGAAGAAAAAGUUAGUUGGGACGCGGCCAGCGAUUAUAAAUAUGUUCCUGUCUAAAGUAGCCAAUUACAUAAGACUUUCAACGCAAGUUAUAUAUUUCGCAUAUUUUGCAGUGAAUUAAAUUGUCUCUGUGGAUAUUUAGAAAACCCGAGAAAGGAGUGUUUGUGUGGGUCGGAUGUCUAAAUAUUCACAUUUACUAAUAGUACAUGUCCUACAUCAUUCAUCCUAACAGUCACGUACAAUCAUGCGUAACAAAUGCAAUAUUUAAUCACACAUAACGAAAGAAACACUGCGGAGACACAAACCUGAGAACAUAAAAAAAUUAUUUAUUUACUAUGUGAAAACAACACUAGAGGAAAAAUCACAGUCAUCAAGGCGGGGAAGAAAUUGCAAAUUGUACAAAAUAUC